AUGGGUCUUCUGUACGCAGCUUUGUUCACUUGCAUCGCCACUACUUGUGCCUGGCAGACACAAAUGACCACAAAAAACCCUGAAAACAACCCGUGUCUUAACGAUCCUGCCCUUGGACCUCUCCAGAGCGCCUGGAAGGCUAUUAGUAAAACACAUGAUGAAUCAUUUAUCCUACUGUUUCGCUCAAAAAACCACGAACCAAAUAUUACUUGUGUCCGAGUUACAGCAACCGUCCACGAUCAGUCAUUAAAAAUUUCAAAUUUCACGAGAACGUAUUAUAACAAGACUGCUCAACAAAACGAGUCUUUGGAGUACCAAGUAAGAGCUCUGAAUCAAACCGGUUACAAACUGGAAAACGUCAUACGUGCAGGUUGGAGCGACAUUCCAAUUGCACCAACCCCUCUGGGAAGCAACAUGUACAUCGAGUAUGGUGAUUACUCCUGCAAUUCCUCAAGCUUGCCGCUAUCGGAUAUGGUGAGGGCCGCACAAGAUGCUGUGGAAGGUGAUUCUGAUGAAACGGAACCUGAGGAAGGAUAUGAUUACCUUGACUUCUAUGUAGUCUACAGCCAGCCGUCGUGCAAUAUUUUCAGGUCUCCUUUUCUCAGUGAAGGAUGCGACUUUUGGCUAAAGGAAUCAGAGUUGAAAAAAGUGUUGCGACGCGCCGAAAAAAAGAAUCCUAGAAAAGUAGCUGGUGAUGGCAAACAAGCUUCAACAGCAGAAAAGGAAAAGAUUAACCCCGCAGAAGAAAUAUUCAAAAGUCUUCCCACCACUUGCCGCUAUGCCUUCAUAUCAGCAUGUGGAUAUCCAAAGGAUCUGAUGUACGACAAGAACAUAUGCAACAAUGCAGGAGCAGAAAAGGCCUAA